AGGAUUUUGAAUUUUUUAGUCUAUAACCUAUUCAGAAUAAUUAUUUUUCGUGGUUAUACUUAAUCCGGGAUUAUAGAGUUCUGGCUCUUUGCAUACGUCUUGGAUACACCAGGCAUUAAUGAAGCCGAGUGUAAAUAAAGGAAAUAAGAUUGCGGGGAAGAAAGAAAUACGAAGUUUUGUGUAUAAGAGUGUCUGCUCGUCGCUUUACAUGACAGACAGAGAGAGAGCGACAAAAAGAGGGAGGGGGCAAAAGUGGGGCGUGACAUGGCGCGAGUAACGAGCAGUUACUCUUGACUCGAAGCGGUGUUGAAUUGUGUUUCUAAAUGAAAAGCACCCAUCUUCAAGCUUAUUGGAGAUACAUUUUUAAGAAAGCUAUUAACGUUAUACUUAAGUGUAAAACUAUCAAAUCUCUCAAAAAUGCAGGUCAAUGCUAGUGGAAAACAAUCUGAAGGGUUACGACGAGAUUUAAUAUAUCUCAUUUUUGAUUUCUUACGACAAGCCAAUUUGACAGAAACUUCGAAAUGUUUGAAGAAAGAGGCUCAGCUAAUUUCUGAUGAACAGUUGUGUGAUAAUAUUGAUCUUGAAAUUAUUUUACACCACUUCAUCGAUUACUACGUUGCGAAAUUCAAUAAAAUGCCAAGAAUUCGAAAAAAUGUUGCGAAUUCAGUGUCUCAGCAUUACAAAUGCCCUCGUAAACAUAAUUCUCAUUCUGAAGUGAAAUGCAAAUCUGAUUCGAAAGUAAACAAAAAAUCUCUUGUACAUACUACCCAUUCAAUUUCUAAUUUUUUUACAAUAACACCGAUUUCCCAAAAGCAUUUUGUCCAACUCUCUAAGACAGAAGAAUGUAAUAAAACUGAUCACACAAAAAGUGAAAUAAAUUUAUCACUGAAAGGCCUUUAUCCAGAUAAUUCUGAGUUUUAUGAUAUUGCUCAAAUCAUUAUAAAAGAGGUCAUAUUAACUAAUUUAAAUAUUUAUUGGGCUGACAUUUAUGGAUUAGAGGAAUGUAAAAGAAUUUUACAAGAAACUAUUUUGUAUCCAAUAAAAUAUCCAGAGAUAUUUAACACAAAGUUUACAUCAUGGCAAGGAAUUCUUUUGUAUGGACCUCCUGGAACAGGAAAAACUAUGCUGGCUAAAGCUGUUGCAACUGAGUGCAAGUGGACUUUUUUUAACGUCACCGCAAGUUUACUAGUAAGCAAAUGGCGCGGAGAUUCAGAAAAAUUCAUAAAAAUUCUAUGUGAGCUAGCGAGGCAUUAUUCACCAUCUAUCAUUUUCAUAGAUGAAGUUGAUUGGACAACAGGAAGUGAUACAAAUAGUGAAAAAAACUCAGAACCAAUGCGACGUUUUAGAGCUGAACUAUUGACUGGAUUUGACGGCAUUAUUUCUCUAGAUAACAAUAAUGUUACAUUAUUGGCGGCUACCAACACUCCAUGGAAUCUUGAUACUGCAUUACUAAGACGUUUUGAAAAACACAUAUUAGUGGAUCUCCCUGACGAAUGUACUCGAAAGCAAAUUUUAAAAUACUAUACAGCAUCAAAUCUUCACGAACUCGAUGAAUUCGAUUCAUUAAUUAAAAAUACCAAAUACUACUCUGGGUCUGAUCUCAAAAGAUUGUGUAAAGAAGCUUGGAUGAAUCAAACAAGAAUAUACAUUGAAAACAUGAAUAAGAAAAAUAGAUCGGCACAUUUAUCAGAAUCAAAUAUUCAUUCGAUCAACUCGAUUUUUUUCCUUGAAGAGGCAUUGAAAAUUUUAUCUCCCACUACAAAACAUCUUAUGGAAAAAUUUUAUAAUUGGAAAAAUAGGAAAAAUUGAAUCCAUUCUUAAAUUCAUAUAUAUUUAUUUAUUCAGAAUAUUCGUUAAUAAUCUUUGCACUUUGUAUGACACACAAACUAAAUACAUAAGAAAUAAUAUAUUUGACACAUUAAAACUGUUACAGAUUAUUAAAAAGUUACAGUCAAUCAUAUGUAAUUUUAGCUGAUUGGGUUUGAUUAAUAUUUGAUGAUUAUUCCGCUUUUUCCCGUUUUUCGUGUGAUCUCAAUCGUUGAACUUGCCCAAUACCAUGAUAGUAACCUGUUAAAGAUCAAUAAAAAAUAAUUUCUAAAAA